UAUAAACAGCACCCCUGCCUCCUCCAUUCUAAAAUCUCAGCGCUCCUGUACUCAUCUUAUUCUACCAACCAUGCCUUCUUCUGCUCCCAUGGUCGAAAUCAUCUCCAAACACACAGUAAAACCUCCAACAAACUCCUCCCACCCCCCUCUCUGCCACCUAACUCCAUGGGACGUCGCCAUGCUCUGCCCUCAUUACAUCCAAAAAGGUCUCCUCUUCACCAAUCUCCCCCCUUCCCUUCCCAUCCACCACCUCCUCACCACCCUCAAAGCUUCCCUCUCCAUCACCCUCCAACACUUUUACCCACUCGCCGGCCGACUCGCCACCCAAAAACACCUUAACGGCGACGAAAUCACCUCCCUGCACGUCUUCAUCGACUGCAACGACCAAGGAGCCGAGUUCAUCCACGCCAAAGCCGGAAAAAUCACAUCUUUCGACUUUCUCUCUCCUGGCGACGACAUUCCCCCUUUCGUCAACUCAUUCUUCCCUCUCGACGGCGCCGUCAGCCACGACGGCCACUCCGCCCCUCUCCUCUCCGUUCAGAUCACCGAGCUCGCCGGCGGUGAUAUCUUCAUCGCCUGCUGCUUCAACCACGUCGUCGGCGACGGAACUUCAUACUGGAAUUUCUUUAAUGCUUGGGCCGAGAUAACCAGAACCAAUUCCUUAUCUCUCCCUCCGGUUCACGCCAGAUGGUUCAUCGACGGCGAAAACCCGCCGGUGAAGCUCCCCUUCUCCGACUCCUCCCAAUUCGUCGAACGCUUUUCGCCGCCCGCUCUUCGCCAGAGAUUCUUUCAUUUCUCAGCCGAAUCAAUUGCGAAGCUGAAAAAGAAAGCGAAUGAGGAGAUAAGAACAGAGGAGAAUGAUCGGAAGCAGAGUCAGAUAGUGAUAUCAUCUUUCCAAGCUCUGUGCGCCAUGAUAUGGAGGGCGAUUAGCAGAGCUCGUAGAUUUCCGGCGGAGCAACUGACGACGUGCCGUUUAGCAAUACAAAACAGAGGAAGACUCCGGCCGCCGCAAUCGCCGGAAUACUUUGGAAACUCGAUAUACGCGGUAGAGGCGACGGCGGCGGCGGGGGAGUUGGAGGCGAAUGGGUUGGGAUGGGCGGCGAGGGAAUUGAACGGAGCGGUGAAUGGACAUACGGACGAAGCGAUUCGUGGAAAGCUGAGAGAGUACCACGCUGCGCCGAUGGUGUACAAGAUGACGAUGUUUGAUCCGAAGAGCGUGAUGGUCGGAAGUUCGCCGAGGUUUGAUAUGUACGGCUGUGAUUUUGGGUGGGGAAAGGGGGCGGCGGUAAGGUGCGGUCCGGCUAACAAGUUCGACGGAAAGGUGUCGGCUUUUCCGGGUAGGGAAGGAGAUGGGAGCGUUGACUUGGAGAUUUGCCUCCUUCCUCAGUUCAUGGCGGAUUUUCUGCUUGAUCCGGAGUUCCUGGAAGCCGUUUCACCACCACCGCAGUCAUUGACAAAGGGAUUAAAAUGAGUUUAAUAUAUUUAUUUAAGGAUUUUUGAAUUUCAUUUUAUUUAAUUUCUUUUUUCU